GAUAUCGAUGAAUGCAGCAUCGGAAGCCACGAUUGCCAUCAAAAUGCAACUUGUGUAAAUACCGCUGGACAUUUUAAUUGCAGCUGUCAAACAGGAUUCACAGGAAAUGGUCGUCUGUGUCAGGGUAAACAAUACCUUUUAUUCCAUAAUCUGCUCGUUUGCCUCCAUCUUGAAACUACUGGAUUUAUUUUUCCUUGUUUUCCUUCUGUUACUCGCCGAUCAGAUAUCGAUGAAUGCAGCAGCGGCAGCCAUGAUUGCCAUCAAAGUGCAACUUGCGUUAAUACCGCUGGACACUAUGAUUGCAUCUGUAAACCGGGUCUCACUGGAAACGGGAGAAAUUGUUCAGGUGAAGCUAUAAUUUCUUUUCAUUUGUGA